UAGAAUAACAGCUAGAUCGUGUUUGCUUGGAAAAAGAGACAUAAAAGGAUGAAAAUCAUAGGUAUUCCCGCCGCUCAGGGCUAACCACUAUUAAUAUUUUGGUGAAUACUCAGAUUUUUCUACGCCAGUAUAUAUGUGCGAACUUUUUAAUGAAACAUUCUUUCCCAUGUUUUAAACGAGCGUAUCAACUUUCAUUUGCUUCCUUUUAUUUUUAGCCUUUUAAAAACCUUUACUCCUGUAAAUAGCUUAUUUAAUCAUUCAUUGUGAUUUCAUACUAAGUACAUUCUCCCAGAGCAACUAGGAAUGUGGGGAUGCAUGCUUAUUUCUUAGAGUUGUGUUGAUAGUUCACAGUUUUUAGUGUCUCAAGUGAUAAAACGGAGCACUGACACUUUCCCUUCUGGCCCAUCAGGGUUCUUGUUACCUCAAGGGAGAGGCAACUUACUGCAACACUCUGAAAACUAUGGAUUGUUAUUUAAACGUGAGAUAAUUCAUUCUUAAUGUUACUGGUGAGGAAAUUGAAUUUAUUUAGCCCCAGAGUAACUUUUCCAAGGCUAUGCCAACCAACUCUGCUAAUGAGGCUCAGGGCCCUAAGUGAACUCCUAGUCCAGUGUUCUUUUUUCUUCACCCAUAGGGCAUAGUUUAGUCUAAAUACUUAAACAGAAACCUUUCUGACGUCGUGAUUUUAUCUGCCUGAUGAAGAAAAUGUGUAUUUUAACGAUUUCUUGUGAUCUUUAAAGAGUACUUACUCAAGGGGUCUAUAGAAUAGUGAUGGGAAGGUUUAAAUGACAGUUAAUAGAGAACCAGUUUUAAUUUUCUUUACAUUUGCUGAAUUAAACUAACCUUGAACAGAUGCAGUAACGUCGAACACUUGGACAUGUUCCUUUAACACAUACAUUUUCCCUGCUUGUCUUAGAAGUUCCAUUUGGUAAAAUGAGUUGAACUUUGACAAGCUCAUAUUCUAACUCUUAGGGUAUUUUCUUUUUGCCAUGAUGCUGAUGUGAUUUGUUAGAUUUGGGCACACUUGUAAUCAGGUAUGAAUGCUGCCUCUGUCAAAGGUGCUUCAGCAAAGAUAAUACGUAAAGGUUUAUAAAAUAAACUAAGUUGAGAAAGGAGCACCUGUUUUUUAGAAGUUGCUUAUUACUGCUUAGGGGACAGUGCUGAAAGAGUCAUGCUGAAACACUAGUCAGUUAAUCGGAUUUAGAAGUCUAAAGUGACAUUUCCCGUUUCUUAUAUGUAAAAGGUGACUUUGCUGCUUCCUCAGUUCUUCACUGGGAAAGUAAAGAACAUCUUGUUUUUGUGUGGGGGAAGUAUUUCAAUUAUGAGCUAUAAAUAUAUAGAACUAGAAAGUGUCAUUUCUGACGUUUCAAACCACUCCGAUUAGGGAAAGAUGUAUUUGUGUUGUUUUUGAGUACUUGUAUAGGGUUUUUUUUUAAUAAUUAUAAACUAAGUGAGCACUUCCUAUGUGUAAGGCACUCUUUACAUACAUUGCAGCAUUAAACAAGUGGCUUUAGCUUCACACUCUUACAUUCACCUAAGGGUUAGAAAACAUUGCUUUUAGAUACAACACUAAUAUAUUACAGGGUUAGAAACCAAAUGCAUGUAUUUAACCAGAAAGUGAGAAAAAGAAUCCGUUUCAUCCUCUAGUUGUAUAAGGUUAGUGUUAAUUCAACUCCAAGGGAAGGAUGAAGUCAAACAUGAACCUCAUGACAAAUUUUUCUAGUGAAAAUUUUUCUAGUUUUCUAUGAAAACCUGAAAAAUGGCAAUGUUUGCUUGCUUUGCCUUAUGUUUUUCACACUGCUUAAGUAUUAGAUGUUAAAAAGCCAAUCACGGGUUCCUCUCUACCUGGACUGAUCUCUUAAGAUAUAUUCAGUCUUUGUUUUGCUUACCUUUGUGACAUGAAGCCUGAUUAACAAGGGGACAGUAAAAGAUAAAUUUUUUUAAUUUGAUGAGAUAAAGGUUUUUGAAUCUCUGCUUUGCUAACCCAACCUGAAGCUUUUGUCAAGACCAGAGAGAAGUAUAUGGCAUAUAUGUGUAGUUUGGCCUGUUUGUAAAUUGAAUCAUUGUUUAACAAUUACCACUUCCAGUAGAUAAUAAGGUACAAUUUAAUAUGAUAGUUUCUAACAUUCCCUUAGAUGUACCUAGUUUACCAAAGGAAAAAAAAAUCUUACGUGAUGCUUUUCUAAGGAAUUGUGACACUGAAGGUGUGAAGGUGAUUAUUUUCUUAGUCUAUUUUGAAACACCAGCAUUUUUAUUUGGAGUGAUUAUUGGGAAGAGCAAAAUGUCUUUUUUAUCCAAGAAGUUGAAGCAUACUUGGAGUUUACCAGUGCACAUUCCCAUUUUAGAAUUUUGUUUCUUAAAAUAAUCUAAUGUCUUGAACAUUUUCAUCAUUUGGUUUCUCUUUCUGCUAAAGAAUAAUUAAAUCCUAAUUUGGCAUAGGAUCCCUUUGGGCUGAAAUCUGCAUGGGGCCAGUAGCAAUUAAAUGGUUUGAUAAUGCUUCUCCUCCACCCCUUUACAAUGCCUAGCAAGACACCAAAGUCACAUAACACAACUUACUAGAAAUUAACAGUUUGCCCUGUGGCUAGAUGUCUCCUGCUGUUUAAUCAUUUCAAAAGGUAACUGGACAUGCAGGUUUCUUCAUUCAUGAUCCACCCUGGUAAGGAAGAUAAUUCUUGGUAGCACUUUAUGCUUAUGGUAGUCCUGGAUAUUUUUGUUACUUACAGGGAACUAAUGGCAGCUCUUUUAGGCUUGGCUGAGAAAUAGACUAGGAACUAUUAUUUUUUUGAAGUCCAAGUAAAUCACAGGAGAUUCUAGGAAAGUCUGGGGAAAGCAAUGCAUAUUUGCCAUCAUCAAAGUACGUAUUUGUAUAUAUGGAGUGUGUGCUUUGUUUUUUAAAUGUGUGUUUUGGUUCAUUUUCUUUUUUUACCUUGGCAGUGGAGAGUUUAAUUCUCAAAGAAUAAAAAAAUAUUUAGCUUAUAUGCAGUAAGUAGGCUGCUCAUGCACUGGUGACCUACUUUUAACCUAUCCCUUGGCUAAAAGCAACAAAGCUAUAGGUAUAGAUACUUGCCUGACUUUUUAGAAAACUGAUAUUUUUAUUACUUCAUAAGCUAUUAGUGGACCUGUGGUUGUACUUAAUAACCUUAUAUUUGCUUCAUGCUUUCAUUGCAAAUAAAGUUUGAGCUCCAUGAUCCUUUCCCCUCCUAUUUUGGUCAGUGAGAAAAUGUUUGUUUGUUUGUUUGUUUGUUUUAAUGUACUGAACAAUGUAAAGAUCAGAUAUUUGACCACUUACUAAAUGAUAGGAAUGGGUCAUAAUUAAGGAUUUGUGUUUUCUGUGGUGCACGCCUGGCUGGAUCAGUUGUUAGAGCAUGCAGUUCUUGAUCUCUGGGUUGUGAGUUCCAACCCCAUGUUAGAUGUAGAGAUUACUUAAAAAAUAAAAUCUUUAAAAAGAAAGAAGAAGAAGAACUUGUGUUUUCUGUGUUCUUACUGCCUUCUCCAUACUUUUUGAAUGUGAUCCUCCCCACCUGCCCACAUAAGGAAAUGAAUUCCAGAAUUCUGCUCAGUUGAAAGGCUCACUAAUACCAAAGGUGGCUAUUACCAGUUGUUGUUUUUUUUGUCAGUGGCAAGGCUGAGUUCUCUUUCAGUAUCUACCUUUCUGAUUUUAAGAAGAGAAUUACCAUAAGUGAGAUUUACUAAGAAAUAGAGGGAACAUGUUAUGUUCUAGAUUGCACAUGAUGAUGAGUGAGAAACUCAUAAUUUACAAUCUAGUUACCCUUCCUUUAAGAACAGACAUCUCCUAGGCUAGAUGUGAGAUGAAUCUUGAGCUUUUUGCAUUCAUAAUUUUAAAAGCCUACCUCUAGGCAAUAACCCUUAAAGAAAUUACAUAGUUCUUCCAACUUAAUCUGAGGUAUUUGGAAGACCCUUCUGUUUCUUUAGUGUACAAAAGUGGCUACACAAAGAUUUAAAAUUGAAUGGUAGGUGUGCCUGGAAAGCUCUGUUAGCUAAGCUUCUGACUUUUGACCUCAGCUCAGGUCUUGAUCUCCCUGGGCUCCAUGCUGGGCUUGAAGCCUACUUAAAAAGAUAAAAUUGAAUGGUAGUACUCUGUUUCAUAAAUUUGUCAUUGUUGAUGGUUGUUAGGUCAUACAUAUUUUAUAUUCUUCAGCAAUUAAUGUAAUUUAAAAGAAAUAAGGGAUUUGGUAUACUGUAAUAAUAAAACAGCUUUGUUUACAAAUGUUUUUUACUUCUGUGUGGAGUUUUCCUUUUCAGAUAGGACAAGUUUGGUUGUUUCAUGCAAAUAGAUCAAGAAAAGCCUUUUAAAAGAAGAAGAAGUGAAAGGUUUUUGUUUUUCGUUACCAUUUUAAUGAUAAUUACACCUAAACAGUCAUUUUCUGUCUCUGAGAAAGAACUGGUUAACACUUUCUUGCACCCAAUCCUGUUUCAUUCACAAACAGGAUUUCAUUCUGUGAGCCUUUCUGUUGCCUACUCCACAGUUCCGUGUUUUGGAAUUGGCCAUUGCCCUUUGGGGUCAAAAACCUUAGUGCUAACCACACAGGUUUAGAAAAGUAGAAAGUUUCUUCCUCCCCAGUAUUUUUAUCUGUAAACUUCAAAUAUCUUCCUAGGCAGUAAGUAAGGUUCUUUUAAAAAUUAUGGUUUCAUGUAAGAAUUAAAAGUUCUUCACAUAAGUGUUAAUUGGUUUUUUUUUUCUUUCAAGAAUGGCAGUGUUCACUUAUUUAUAAACCUGGGAGUAGGCAGGGACUUCUGACUAAAAAUAAAAAUAAAAUGAACUUUGAACUUGGUAAUGUUUCAGCGUUAUAGUUUGCGUGGAAGUAACAUUUUUAUUUGUAUAUUUUGACACCUGAAAAAGGCAUAGAAAGAAAGACUAUAAACUUAAACAACUUUUAAAGUAUUUUGAACUUUGGAAAAUAAAAGCUUUUAGCUCAAUAAAACUCACCUUGUAGAAACUUUUCUAUCCCAAAAUAUACUUUACAUAGCAGCAAUGAUUUGCACACCCACCCCCAUGAAAUCUAGAAUCAAGCAUCAAUCAAAUCAAUCAUUUUGGUUAUAUAAUCUCAGAAGCAUUCCUAUGUUUUAUCUAAUAUCCAUUGAAAAGUGUCCUAACUGCAUAUCUGUUCAACAGUUUGGGAAAAUUCUGAAGGCAUCUCUGAUUUAUUGGAUCAGUAAAGCUACUCUGUAUUGUUUUCUUUUAAGACAAACAGUUGCUGUGAAUAUCCCCUUUGUAACUGUUGUUAGUAUUGCUACUUCCUAGUAGGGAUUGAAAAAUUGAGAAACUUUAGCCUGUUUCUUUUACUACAUCUUAGUUAUUUAUAAAAACAUAGGCAUAAAAGCAUAAUGCCUCUUUGGGGUCUUACUGCCACCCAGAUUAUGGUCUUACAUCAUUUUACAAUUUUUUUAAAGAAGUUUCUAUUUUAAGAUUGUCUUUAAUGUAGACCUAUAUCUGCAACUUAGGUUUCCAAUACAAAAACAGGCUAGAAAGAAAGAAAAGGAAAGAAAGAAAAGUGAGCUCUUUCUCCAGAAAAAGAUAAGAAUUACACUUCCUCAUAUUUAAUAUUAGUUUCAGUAAAUGUAAAAUUCUGUAAUGGAGAAAUAUAUAGAAUCCUAUCUUGCUGAAUUGUAUGUUCCUGGUUUCUAAUAGUCACACAUAACAAAAACACUAAUAUUUAAGAAACGGAAUUUUAGAUGGAACUAGUCGUCUUUGACAACUUAUACAUAAAAACCUGUUAUAUAUUUUAUUCUGAGGCAUUUUGUAAUGUAUGUAUUUAAGUAUUAAAUUAUUUUGAGUAUCAUCUUGUUUAAGAGAUGAAUAGAGAGAAUAGAAACAGACCUUAAAGAAACUUGGAUUCAGAGAAGUUAAUGGCUUUUCUAAAGUCAUAUAGUCCAGUUAGUGAAAGAGCACCAAGUCCCAACUUACCUACCCAAAUGAUAGAACUGGCUGCCCACAUAUGCCCCAGGUAGACUUAUCUUCAAUAUUAUUAACAGCUAAUUUUAUUAACCAGAUGUACCAAAGAAACCUAAUGCUUAAUGAGAAAGAAUAAGAUUUCUUUUUAAGGAGGUACUUUUACCUUGGGUUACUUGAAGUAAUUAUAGGCCAAUUUUACUAUGUUAAAAUGUUACUAGAAACAUUAUCAAGUCCUAGGUGGUGACCUAUUUAUUAAAACAGAAUUGUUCCAAAUUUUUCCUGAUCCCCUGCGGAAUAUGGUAAGUAUUUAAUAAAUGAAAAGGAAUGCCUACCUGACCAGGAAUUAAAAGGCCCUGGACCAGCUCUAAGCAUCCUAUGUUACAGAGUUUUAGAAAAUAAACAAAGUAAUGCUUCAAAUGGAAAAAGUUGAGUUGCACAUAGAAGAUGCAUCUUACCCCAAAAAUAUUACUGACAGCAUGAUUCAGACUUUCCCAUGGUUUGGCAUGGACAUUGGGGGGACUCUAGUAAAGCUCUCCUAUUUUGAACCUAUUGAUAUCACAGCAGAGGAAGAACAAGAAGAGGUUGAGAGCUUAAAAAGUAUCCGGAAAUAUUUGACUUCUAAUGUAGCAUAUGGAUCCACUGGUAUUCGGGAUGUACACCUUGAACUGAAGGAUUUAACACUUUUUGGCCGAAGAGGGAACUUGCACUUUAUCAGAUUUCCAACCCAUGACCUGCCUACUUUUAUCCAAAUGGGAAGAGAUAAAAACUUCUCAACAUUACACACGGUGCUAUGUGCUACAGGAGGUGGUGCUUACAAAUUUGAAGAAGAUUUCCGCACAAUUGGAAACCUCCACCUGCACAAACUGGAUGAACUUGACUGCCUUGUAAAGGGCUUGCUGUAUAUAGAUUCUGUCAGUUUCAAUGGACAAGCAGAGUGCUAUUAUUUUGCUAAUGCCUCAGAACCUGAGCGAUGCCAAAAGAUGCCUUUUAACUUGGAUGAUCCCUAUCCACUGCUGAUAGUGAACAUUGGUUCAGGAGUCAGUAUUUUAGCAGUCCAUUCCAAAGACAACUAUAAACGAGUAACCGGGACAAGCCUUGGAGGAGGUACCUUUCUGGGUUUAUGCUGUCUGUUGACUGGCUGUGAAAGUUUUGAAGAGGCUCUUGAAAUGGCAUCCAAAGGUGACAGCACCCAAGCCGACAAACUGGUCCGUGAUAUUUAUGGAGGAGAUUAUGAAAGAUUUCGUCUGCCAGGUUGGGCUGUAGCAUCUAGUUUUGGGAAUAUGAUUUAUAAGGAGAAGCGAGAAUCUGUUAGUAAAGAAGAUCUAGCAAGAGCAACUUUAGUUACUAUCACCAAUAACAUUGGGUCUGUGGCACGAAUGUGUGCUGUUAAUGAGAAAAUAAACAGAGUUGUCUUUGUCGGAAACUUUUUACGUGUCAAUACUCUGUCAAUGAAACUUUUGGCAUAUGCACUGGAUUAUUGGUCAAAAGGUCAACUGAAAGCAUUGUUUCUAGAACACGAGGGAUACUUUGGAGCAGUUGGUGCACUUCUUGGGCUGCCAAAUUUCAGCUAAAAAGCAUCCGGUUUCUCUCUGCUAAUAAAUGUCAUCCAAGAGGAACUGAAAACCAGAGGCAUCAUUACUGGGAACCAAAGGAUAACAGAGUAGCACUACUGCUGUUGAUUUUUAAAUGUCAGAAUGGUAAGCUGCUGAAAGUUGCCAUAUUAAAAGAGAGCUUGGUAACAUGUGAAGUAUUUCUAAUUGAAAUGCUUUCCCUUCUGUAUAUAACCAGUGUUAAAUCCUUAAAUGCAAUACAGCCUCUGAUUCUUGAGCUUCCUCUGAGAAGAUUUUCUAUUUAUUUUAUGUAGCCAACAUUGCAGUACUGUAUGCUCAAACACAAAUCUUAAAGUCUCAGAAAUGUUUAGCUCCUGAAAAUAAUUGAAUCUGAAUAAGUGUGUUCUAUGUGUUUUGGUUCCUAGUAAGUGGACAGUAACAUACUCUGUAUCAAACUUAUUGAAAUGGCUAUCAAAGAUCAUUUUUAUGUGAUUUUAGAAAUGUUAAGGCAAUAUUAAUUUUUCAUUAUUGUAGUUUUGUCAGCAUUUCCCCCGGCCAAAAAAGCACGUUUAUGUGAUCUUUUCCCAGACAUACAAGCUUUUUCAAAUGGUAUAAUUUAAUUAGAAUACUAUUGUUAAAUAUUAGCCUGAAUUUUAAAAUGAAUCCUAGAAAAUGCACAUAAUUGGUGAUAUUGCACUUCCUGUAUUUUUUAAGUUAAUCAUUAUAUUUAAAAAUGUUUCAUAUUUUUUAAUUGGAGGCUCGAUUACUUAUUUGAAAGUCCAUUUAAUGAAGUCCCAGGACUCUUCUAGUAGAAUAUGUUUUGCGUGCAUUGAUAGAAGUCUGUGAUCUUUCUGUACCACAUUUAUCUUGGGCCCAAACUGAGUCAUUUCUGUUUAAUUAGGUCUGACCAUCAAAACUACAGACUUUAAUCUGUUAUGAACAGCAACCAAAUCAUAUUCUAAAGAGAUGUGAUGGAAAUCUGAAAUAUGAAUGGUUUUGAAACUGUAGGAGUCCGAGGCAGUAUUACAGAAUUCUAAAAAGAUCAGUGUUUUACCAUUUUGGUAAUAGAGGCAUUAUAGUUUCAAAAUUUGUAAGUCCUUUUGCCUUGGAAUUUGUUUUCUAUCUUGAAGUCAUUUUUUAUAAUGUUACAAAUCUUUUCAGAUUUUUACUUUGGCAGCAACAUUUUGGAGGUCCUGUAGUUCAGCGAAUACUCAAGACCAUUACUUAAUGGUUUACAAAGUAGACUUGGAGAAAAUAUUCACCUCCUUAAAUUACCAGUAAAUCUGGAUGUACUUGGAAGAGCUUAAAAAUUGUGUAUAUCACAGGAAGAAAGAAAUAUUAGUAUGUUUUUAUAGAACAUAAUUUUGCUCCAUAAAGAACAAUUUGCAGUAGAGGUGCUGGACAUUUCUCCUUAUAGUUUUCAAAUUUUGUGCUCAAAUAUUUAAAAUUCAGUUUUAUUUAUCUAAAGACAUGAACAUAUGAACAAUAGGAGUGAAUACUUAGAGGAAAAAGCAUGCAAGGUAAUGUUUUGGAAUUUAGAAUAUUUGGAACUUGGCAUUCAUGUUCGGUCAGUAAGCCACUCUGAAACCCGACAGUGACUAAACAUCUGUGACUUUACUGUUUCCGUUGUUGUGGUUAGAUCUUUCUGUCACUACAAAAAGCUACAUGUUCAUUUUAUUUUAAAAUUUUGUGAUUUGGACAUUUGUACAAAAAGUUUUUAUUUUUAAAUGAUAAUUUCACAUUGUAUCUUGUGGCAAACUACAUUACCAGCUGUAGAUUUAGGACUGUGUUUAAGAAAGAAAUAGAGGGAUGCCUUGCUGGCUUAGUCGGUUGAGUGUCUGACUCUUGGUUUCAGCUCAGGUCAUGUUCUCACAGUUUGUGAUUUUGAACCCUGUGUCAGGUUAUGCACUGCUAGCAUAGAGCCUGCUUGGGAUUUUCUCUCUGCCUCUCCACCACUCACAUUCUCUCUCUCUCUCUCAAUAAAUAAAAACUUAAAAAAGAAAGAAAAGAAAAUGGAAUGGUCAGGGUCCAUGUAAGUUAAUUUGAUCAAUGCUCUGGUUAAUCUGAGAAUGUGGUUCAUACUUUGUGUCCUUUGAAACUGAAAUUUCCUAUUAAAAUGCAUGUAAAGUGAACAACCCUUUCAGCACUGUUACUCUUGGCCAUUCUCAUGUAUAGUCAAGAAUUACUUGAGUAAUAAGAAUGAACACAGAGUUGUGAUCCAGACUGCCAAGAUUAUGUUUUUUUAAACAUAAUCUCAUGAAAUUCUUUGUAAGCAUACAGUGGUAAAUAGGUUUGGUUCUAAGCCCAAACAGCAUAAUGCCUCAGAGCUCUAUUUCUAUUAGGCUAUACUGUUUAAGAACAUAAAGUGUGAGCAGUAUGUAAUUUUAUAUUUUCUAGCAGGCAUAUUUAAAAAGUAAAAAGAAACAGAUGAAAAUCAUUUUGAUUAUAUAUUCCUUCUUGACCCAGUAUAUCUGGUAUGUUACUAUUUCACCGUAUAAUCAAUAUAAAAUGUUAUUUAGGAGAUACUGUACCUUUUCUUUUCUUUUCUUUUUUUUUUUUUUUUACUUUGCCUUCAAAACCAGUGUGUAUUUACACUUAAUAGCACAUGUCAGUUUAGGCUAACCACAUUCCAGGUUCUCAGUAGCCACAUUUGAGUAGUAGCUACUGUACUAGACAGUUCAGUUCCAGAACCAGCUCUUAAAAAUGACCACUAUCAAGUAUCCAUGAAAAUUUUAUGGAUAAGGGCUUUUAAAAGAAUACUUGAGAAGGGGAUAUGGGAAAUGUUAUUUUUUAUGGGAAAAAUAUGGAACUUUUUAAAAAAAUACAGAUUAAGAAGUACCUUGUUUGGGCUAGUUUAUUUUACAAAGACAAGCUGUAUUUCUGACUGUUCCAAAAAAUAGCUUACAUUGGAUCCUGCCAUUUUAUCAUACUGUGUAUCAUUUUUCCAGUGAUACACUGGAUAAAGUUGCUCAAGACCCAUCCUGACUGGCCUCAACAUUCUCCAAAAUGUCUAUUUCCUUCACUGAAGCAAAUUUGAGGAUUCCAGUGACUUAAAUCCCCUUCCCACCCCCAACCUCAUCUACUUGAAUUUAGAGAAGACAAUUUUAAAGGACAAAAAAGAGACCCUUUUAAUUCUUCAUUGAGUUGUAUAUACAUGAGAGAAUUUUCUUUAUAACUUUUGGAUUUAAUUUUCAUUCUUAAAAACUGAUAAUAUUUUCAGAUGCAAAGAGCACUAUCAGUUUGGGGGCUUGGUAAAGAACACAAGGUCUAGAACUUUCCACCACCAACCCCCUUGUCCCCCAAAAAAGAUUGCCUUUUAACUAGAGACUCUUAGAACUAAUGGCCUUCAGUUCUAUAACUAGUCUCUCCAUAGACUUAGUAUUAGACUUGCUUGACUGUCAACAGGGGUAUUUAUUCCUUGUUCAGCUGCUCUAAUUUAAAUAGGUGGGCUCUUAGUUUAAAUAAAUGGCCAUUGCCAAUAACAUAUACAUGGCAAUUGAUGGUCUUUCAAAAGGUUCAGAUUCCUUUGCCAAAUAUUAGACUCUGUAAAAUUCCUGAGUUUUUACUUUUACAUGCAAAUGUGAUUACUGUAUUCUAAGUACCAGUUCCUGAAAGUCCAUUUCUAUAAGAAAAAUGAUGCAGCUGAAGGGAAAGGUUUUCCUCUAUGUCCUGUGGGACUCUUACCUUUGAGAGCAGUCUUGCCUUGAUUUCUAAGGUUGCAUUCUUGGGUGGAAAGCUUAUUAGCAAGUUAAUAGUUCCCAGAUAUCCUUUAUAACCACUUUGCUUGUUAUAUGCAAAAAUUUUAUAUUUUGUUUGGUGUAUCUUUUUUUUUCUGUUGAGCACUUUAUGCUUUUUAGUCUAUUGCAUUUGAGAAUGUAGCUUAGAAAUCCUUUCUUAUUUAAAGCCAUGUAAAAACUGUUAAAGGAUAAUCACCAGAAAAAAUGAGUGUGCAUUAUUUUGCAUUUAACUUACUGGUUUGUGGUAUGUAUAAACAAAAUAUUAGAAAUA